GGAAACUCUCGUCUUCCUGUCCGUUCUUCCCCAUCUUCACUCGGAUACAGCUACAGCUACACCGACUGGAGCUGGUAGGAGGGAAGUUUGCUGCUUCACUUUUUGUCCACGGCCUCGUUUUUAAUUUUCGGUGCUCCUGACGCCCCCACAGGCUGACUAGCUUCAACAAUCAGCCCCUCAGUACAGCAAUGGAUCACAGUGGAGCCAGUGAGGGGCCUGGGCCAGGCAGACGGCCCCCCAUUCCCUUUGCUGGUGCACCCAUGGGUGCCAAGGGGCAAGCACCACAGAGUGGUCAAAGACCCAAAGUAAAGAUAACUCCCUUCCACAGCUCACCCAUAGUCAGCAGUGAUGGAGCGCUCUGCAGCAAACGACCUGGAGCAGUGUCUGGGAAACUGCUGGCGUCUCCUGGCAGCAUGUUCCUGGAUGCACCUGGACGCCUGACUGCUCCACCUGUCAGAGAGAGACUUGCUGCUGCUGCUAAUGCUAAAGCUGUGGCUGCUGCUGGGAGCUCAGAGGAACAAACUCCCAGUUCAGGCUCUGUACAGGCUACAACAAGAGAAAAAGCACAGGCAAGUCCUCGUCUCAUCAAGCCCGCAAGCAGGAAGCCUCCACCACUGAACACAGAGCUUUGUCACAGCCAGAAAGGCAAAGGCAAAGAGAAGAGAGCUGUGCCCACCUCCGUCAAAGCUCAGUCAGCUGUGAAGAGGAAGAAGAGGAAGAUGGGAAUGUACAACCUGGUCCCCAAGAAGAAGGCCAAGACCCUUAAACAGCAGGAGAAGAAAGAGGAGCCAGGAGCCAGUGUGCAGAAGAACCAAGCUGCAGCAGAUGAAAAAGCAGAGAAUCCACCAGAGGCUCUGAAGAUCAGAGAACAGACGGCCACCAGAAGUGAAUCAGUGAUGGAAGCAGAAGCAGGAGAAGGCGGCCAUGUUGAAUACACAGAGCUGGCUUUGGACUGCCUAGACCUGAAAGCUCAGGAAGAGCUUCUCUCACCUCCUCCGUCAGGGGCAGCAUCGGAAGCUGCUGAGGUGACAGAAACAGACCUGGCUGAGGAGUUACCUCUAUGCUGCUGUCGUAUGGAGACUCCUCACUGUGGAGGCAGCCUGCCCACACUGGAUCAGACCUGCAUGGCCAUGGAGAGCACGGAUGGAAUGCUGACCCGUUGCCAGAGGCGAGUGAUGAAGCAGGAAAUGAUGCGACCCUCCAACACAGUCCAUCUGCUGGUUCUGUGUGAGGACCACCGGGCUGGCAUGGUCAAGCACCAGUGCUGCCCCGGCUGUGGACUCUUCUGCAGGGCGGGCACCUUCAUGGAGUGCCGGCCCUACGGCAGCAUCUCUCACCGCUUUCACCGCGACUGUGCUUCCAUAUUGAAGGAUUGCAGAUUUUGCCCCCACUGUGGAGAAGAUGCCAGCGGGGCGAAGGAGGUCACGGUGCCAAAGGCUGAUCAGUCGCCCUCUGUACCCAGAUCGAACCCCAGGCUGUCACUCCCAGCUGUGCCCACUGUGGCCACCCUGCCCUCAGUACCAACCACACCUGCUGUUCCACAGAUACUCAGAGCUAAGAAGACCAGCCAGCCUCAGAGGAGCAGAGACGAGAGCCCGAGCAGGUUAAAGGACGAGGCUGUGUGUUCUGCAGAUAGACAACCUAAAGAGUCACUAGAGAGCAUCCUGAUGGCACUGGAUGAUGAGAACCUAAAACCAAAGAAAGUGAAGUACCCCACCAGGCAGCUGUACAUCUCUGCAAAACAAGGAGAGCUCCACAAGGUCAUUCAUCUCUUAGUUGAUGGGAAAGACCCCAACUUUCUGAUGGAGGGCCAAAGUAAACGCACCCCUCUUCAUGCAGCAGCUGCUGAGGGUCACCAGGAGAUCUGCCAUAUACUGGUCCAGGCUGGAGCCAACCUGGACAUGUUUGAUGAGGAGCAGAGAACACCACUGAUGGUGGCCUGUGAAAACAACCAUCUGGACACAGUGAAGUACCUGCUCAGAGCCGGAGCAGCCAUCAGCCACAAGGAUAUCAUGGGUUUCACCUGUCUGCAUCUGGCAGCUAAACUGGGACAUUAUGACAUAGUCCAUCAUCUGCUGUCCAAGGCAUCCAAACACAUCAACGGUCAGGAUGACGGGGGAUGGACUCCCAUCACCUGGGCCAUCGAGUACAAGCACAAGGAGCUGGUCCACCUGCUGUUGGGCAGAGGGGCCGAUGUUAACAUCAGAGACAAGGAGGAGAACGUCUGCCUGCACUGGGCAGCUCUGUCGGGCUGCGACGACAUCGCUCAGGCUCUGUUGGAGGCUCAGUGUGACCUCAGCGCUGUCAACAUUCAUGGUGACUCUCCUCUUCAUGUCUCUGCCAGAGAAAACCACCUGGAGUGUGUGAUGUUGUUUCUGUCUCGUGGAGCUGACGUCACUCAGAGGAAUAAGGAGGGAGAGACACCUCUGGAUUGCUGUGUCUACGGCUCCAAUGUGUGGACGGCCCUCAACACCAACAAGAAGCUAACGGACGCCAGGAGAGGCAGGGACUGUCAUGGAGAAAGAGUUCUCAGCAGGGACAUUUCUCGGGGGUACGAGGCAGUUCCUAUCACCUGUGUUAAUGGUGUCGACAAGGAGCCCUGCCCUGACAACUUUAAAUACAUACCAGACAACUGUGUCACCUCCCCACUGGACAUAGACAAGGACAUUACUCACUUACAGCACUGCAGCUGCACAGAUGACUGCUCAUCCAGUACCUGCAUGUGUGGUCAGCUCAGCCUGCGGUGUUGGUAUGACAGCGAGGGUCGACUCCCACAGGACUUCUGCCAGCGGGAGCCCCCAGCGCUGUUUGAGUGUAACCAUGCCUGCUCCUGUUGGAGGACCUGCAGGAACCGAGUGGUCCAGAACGGACUGAGAGCCCGGCUGCAGCUCUUCAGGACACAGAAGAUGGGCUGGGGAGUGAGGGCCAUGCAGGACAUCCCUCAAGGAACAUUCAUUUGCGAGUACGUCGGAGAGAUCAUCACUGACGCAGAGGCUGACAAAAGGGAGAACGACUCUUUCCUCUUCACCCUCGACAAUAAGGUGGGAGAUAUACACUGUAUUGAUGCGAGGCUUUUCGGCAACAUCGGCCGCUUCAUCAACCAUCUGUGUGAGCCCAACCUGAUGGCUGUGAAGGUGUUCACCAUGCACCAGGAUCUACGCUUUCCCAGGAUAGCCUUCUUCUCCAGCAGGGCCAUAAAAGCUGGAGACCAGAUAGGGUUUGACUAUGGUGAUCACUACUGGAGGGUGAAGAGCAAGUACUUCAGCUGCCAGUGUGGUUCCCUCAAGUGUCGCCACUCGGCUGCUAGCAGAUCAGAACUCACUGAUGACCCCUGAUCUCUCCUCGGUCUCUGUGCCUCCUCUGAUGUCAGAAACACUGCCCUCUGAACCUGAUACCACAGAAGAGUGACACUCUGAUUAGGUAAACACCAGCAGGAUUUUAUGGUAUUCAUUUGAAUUCCCAGUUUUAAAGCGGCAAAUGAAAGAUAAACACUGUUAAAUUCUGUCAUCGGAGAACACUUGAUGUCACUUAUUUUAUUCAUCUAUUAAGGCAAAGUUUCUAUAUGAAGAGCACAGCAGCUUAUCACCAGCCAGAAAUACUGUGUGUGAAAGAGGGACAAACUGGUUUUCAGUCAGGUUCAAAGAUCUCAACAGAUUACUGUAACAUUCGAGGACUCUUUCUUUCAUCUUUCUCAAGUGUCAUAUUUGUGAGCUGUGGAAUUGUGGUAAUGUUUUUGGUAGACUGAUCUCUUCUAUGAACUUUUUACUGCGUCUAACUAGCAAUUAAACACAUUUUAAAGCAUC